GAAACUAUAAUUUCAUCGGAGCUCUUCUUCAGUUCUUCAUAGGAUCAAUUUCUUCUGUUCUUGAGCUCUUCUUAUGUGCCUUUUCAGCUUAUUUUCAGAUCUUCUCUCAUUAUCCAGAUGAUUACCGUACUCGGUUAGCAACUGUCGUAAAAGUGGCUCGAUAUCUUUUGGGGGAGGGCUUAGCUUACAGGGGACAUGAUGAAUCUCCCGAAUCAAUCUAUCGAGAGAGAUAUUAUUGAAAGUUGUGUAAUGGAAACGAGAAAUGUCAUAUUGAAUAAGAUGAAUAUUGUCAAGAAUGAUUUACGCAACUGUUUGGGAGAUGAGCUUCUACUAGAUUGUCUAUUGUGCUACUUUGAGAAAGAAAUUUUUAGGAGCAUUGAUGUCUGAUGAUGAAGUUAUUAUGUAGCGCUUUCAAAAGUUGGCAUCUCGAAAAAAUUUUCUAUGGCCUCAAACAACACAAAUAGAAGGGAUGGGGUUGCACCAAGGGUCUGCCCUUAGCCCUUUUUUGUUCGCCUUGGUGAUGGACGUCCUAACUCAAGGUGUGCAAGAAGGGGUCCCAUGGUGCAUGCUUUUCGCGGAUGAUAUUGUGCUUAUCGACGAUACACGUGAGGGACUAAACGAUAAGUUGGAACGAUGGCGCCUUGCCCUUGAGACUAAAUGGUUCAGAAUAAGUAGGAACAAGACUCAAUACAUGGAGUGUCGUUUCAGCGGUAGGGAAACAGAAUCAGAGGUGGAAGUUAGGAUUGACUCUCACCUAGUACCUAAGGUAGACAGGUUUCGAUAUCUUGCCUCGGUAAUCUAGGCUGAUGGGGAGUUAGACGGGGAUGUUGGACAUCGUGUUGGAGUGGCUUGGGCCAAAUGGAGGUUGGCCUCAGGGGUAUUGUGUGACCCGAAGAUUUCGCCCAGGAUGAAAGGCAAGUUCUACCGAUCCGUAGUCAGACCUGCUAUGUUAUAUGGGGCAGAGUGUUGGGCGGUUAAGAAGACUCAUGUGCGUCGUCUGCAUGCGGCGGAGAUGCGGAUGUUACGAUGGAUGUGUGGGAAGACAAGGUUGGAUAGGAUUUCGAACGAAGUUAUCCGACGUCAGGUAGGCAUGGCG